CCUCUCCAGUUUUCCUCGCCUUCCCUCCUCGUAACUCUUCUGCAGCUAUGACCAGCCUGAAAGAAAUCUGUCAUGGCCUCCCUCUAUACCCUUUGCCUGAAAAUAGAGGUCGGAGGAAUGGAAUACCCCAUGCACCCGUGAGAACCCCCAAUCUCACUGCUCAGGAGAAAAAGCUGGCUUUGCGCAAUGCCUUGCGUUAUUUCCCACCUGAAAUACAAAAGAAGCUGGCACUGGAAUUCGCUGAAGAACUCAGGCUGUAUGGCCAUAUUUAUAUGUACAGAUUCUUUCCAGAUAUUGAGAUGAGAGCAUAUCCCAUAGCAGACUACCCUUGCAAGACCAAAUCGGCUGCUUCCAUUAUGUUGAUGAUCAUGAAUAAUCUGGAUCCUGCCGUGGCUCAGUUUCCCCAGGAGCUUGUCACUUACGGAGGAAAUGGGCAGGUCUUCAGCAACUGGGCACAGUUCUGGUUGGUAAUGCACUAUUUGUCAGAGAUGACUGAAGAGCAAACAUUAGUAAUGUACAGUGGACAUCCUCUGGGACUCUUUUUUUUUCCCAGCCAUCACUAUGCUCCUCGAUUAAUCAUUACUAAUGGCAUGGUUAUUCCCAACUAUUCUACCAGAGAUGAAUAUGAGAAGAUGUUUGCUUUGGGAGUAACAAUGUAUGGUCAGAUGACUGCAGGGAGCUACUGCUACAUUGGGCCUCAGGGAAUAGUCCAUGGGACUGUGCUUACAGUACUCAAUGCAGGCCGUCGAUACUUGAAGGCAGAAGACCUGUCCGGAAAGGUAUUUGUUACUUCUGGUCUUGGAGGGAUGAGUGGGGCUCAGGCAAAGGCUGCAGUCAUUGCUGGAUGUGUGGGGAUCAUUGCAGAGGUUGAUGAAGCAGCACUUCUGAAACGUCACAAGCAGGGAUGGCUGAUGGAAAUCUCUAACAACCUGGACCAUUGUAUUGCUCGCCUUAGAGAUGCAAGAAGGAACAAAAUUGCUCUUAGUUUGGGUUACCAUGGGAAUGUGGUAGAUCUAUGGGAGAGGCUAGUAGAUGAGCUGGACAGCACAGGAGAGCUGCUAGUUGAUCUGGGGUCUGACCAAACUUCGUGUCAUAACCCAUUCAGUGGGGGAUAUUAUCCAGUACAGCUUGGCUUUGAGGAAGCAAAGCAGCUCCUUUCCACCAAUCCAGGGAAGUUCCGGACCCUGGUACAAGAGAGUCUCAAGAGGCAUGUGGCUGCCAUUAACAGACUAGCGGAUAAGGGCAUGUUUUUUUGGGAUUAUGGCAAUGCUUUUCUCUUGGAAGCUCAAAGGGCUGGUGCUGACGUUGAGAAAAAAGGAGCCAAUAAAACAGAAUUUCGAUAUCCUUCCUACGUUCAGCACAUCAUGGGAGACAUUUUUUCCCUGGGAUUUGGCCCAUUCCGCUGGGUUUGUACCUCAGGUGACCCACAGGAUCUUGCUGCCACUGACUCAAUUGCCAUGUCUGUGCUGGAAGACUUUAUACGUCAGGGAGUGAGCACAUCUGUGAAGCAGCAGUACCAUGACAACAUCCGCUGGAUUCGGGAAGCUGGCAGGCACAGCUUGGUUGUUGGCUCUCAAGCUAGAAUCUUAUAUUCUGAUCAGAGGGGUCGUGUGUCUAUAGCUGUGGCUAUUAAUCAAGCGAUUUCUCAAGGAAGAAUUAAGGCUCCAGUAGUCCUCAGCCGAGAUCACCACGAUGUGAGUGGGACCGACAGUCCUUACAGAGAAACAUCAAACAUUUAUGAUGGAUCAGCCUUUUGCGCAGACAUGGCGGUACAAAAUUUUGUAGGAGAUGCAUUCAGAGGAGCGACCUGGGUCGCGUUGCACAACGGUGGUGGAGUUGGCUGGGGUGAAGUGAUCAAUGGGGGAUUUGGCCUGGUUUUGGAUGGGUCUACAGAGGCUGAAGAACGGGCUAAGAUGAUGCUCAGCUGGGAUGUUUCCAACGGAGUUGCCAGACGCUGUUGGUCGGGUAACGACUAUGCAUAUGAAACGAUCUGCCAAGCAAUGAAAGAGAACACCACAUUGAAGGUGACUCUCCCUCACAAGGUGGUGGACGAGAACAUCUUGGAGCAAGCCCUGAAACAUUAG